AUGCCAAAUUACAAGCACUUGCUCUUGGUACCCUUGGCUCUGGCCAGUCCGGUCCUCGGUGGCUCGAAGCAAACAUGCGAAAAAACCACCGUUGCCAUUCUUGGUGGAGGCACCGCCGGUAUCACAGCAGCUCAAGCCCUAAGCAAUAACUCUGUUCACGACUUUAUCAUUUUCGAAUACAAUUCCGAUAUUGGCGGUCGUAUGCGACAUACAACAUUCGGUCAGGACGCAAAUGGUGAUCCUAUAACUCUGGAACUCGGCGCAAACUGGGUUCAGGGAUUGGGAACAGCUGGUGGUCCUGAGAAUCCCAUCUGGCUUCUAGCGCAAAAGUAUGGAGUCAACACUACCUACUCCAACUACAGCUCGAUCUUGACCUACGAUGAGACUGGUUAUACCAACUACUCCAGUCUCUUCGAUGACUUUGAGAAUGCAUACUCAGUCACAGAGGAAUUGGCAGGKACAGUUUUGUCGGAGAACCUUCAGGAUCGUAGUGCCCGAGCUGGCUUCACUCGUGGCGACUGGCAGCCGAAGAAGGACAUGAAGAUGCAAGCCGUUGAAUGGUGGGAAUGGGAUUGGGAAUACGCAUAUGAGCCCGAAGUAAGCUCCUUGGUUUACGGUAUCGUGAACUAUAAUACAACAUUCUACCAAUGGUCGGACGAAAACAACUUUGUCUGGGAUCAGCGUGGAUUCAAUACCUGGCUCAAAGGCGAGGCAAGCACGUUCCUGACAAAAAACGAUAAACGGCUGCGCCUCAACACUACCAUCACCAACGUUACUUAUAGUGACACCGGUGUGACUAUCACCGAUAGCGAGGGAGGCUGUUAUCAGGCGGAAUACGCUAUAUGUACUUUCUCACUCGGCGUCCUUCAGAACGAAGCCGUAAGCUUCCAGCCCGAGUUCCCUGAAUGGAAGCAGGAUGGAAUCGACAACUUCGAUAUGGGCACCUACACCAAAAUCUUCCUCCAAUUCCCAUCGGACAAAGUUUUCUGGCCAAAGGACACACAGUACUUCCUCUACGCCGACCCUAUUGAGCGCGGAUACUAUCCCGUCUUCCAAUCUCUCGACUCUCCGGGCUUUCUUGAAGGUUCCGGCAUCAUCUUCGUAACCGUGGUGCACGACCAGUCUUACCGCGUCGAAGCUCAAACCGACGACGAGACCAAGGACCAGGUCAUGGCCGUCCUCCGAGACAUGUUCGGUGCUGACAACGUCCCCGAACCAACUGCAUUCAUGUACCCUCGCUGGAGCUUUGAGCCGUGGGCACACGGAAGCUACUCGAAUUGGCCGUAUGGUGUGACAUUAGAAAUGCACCAGAAUCUCCGCGCAAAUGUUGGUCGUCUUUAUUUCGCCGGUGAAGCUACAAGCGCCGAAUACUUUGGAUUCUUGCAGGGUGCUUGCUUCCAAACCCCCUCGAGCAAGCAGCCCCGUGGAGCGGUUGACCGCCUUCAAGAGAUCCUGCAACACUCUGCAAGUUCGAUCACAAAGCAAAUAUGGCGCUCGAGCAACUCCCCUUCCAACGAACUGGCCGCGACGUCCCAGGCGCGGGUUUGCGUUGACCGUUUGAAUCACGUCCUCAGCGAGGAAUCCAGAGGCCCUGCGCCCCAUCCCUGUCUUUCGUAUGCGUCCACAUCGCAGAUAUUCGUGACGGUCACAAAGCUGGCAUUGACCUAUCGAGACGAGGGCUUAGUGCGAUCGUCAGCAGUCUUCUUCAACACGCUGAUCGAUGCCGAGGUGGACGGAAUAGUUGAUAACCGUGUCUUUUCGCGAGCUUUGAUCGAUCUCGUUCGAAGAAAUUCGGUGCGUACGGAUGACACGGAGUCGCGUCUGGUCGAGUUGCUUUUCGGCGUUGCAAACAACAUUCGUUUGCGUCCACAAAUAUUGACUGCUUGGUUCAUCCCCAAGCAGGCUGAACUGCCCGAAAGAGAGUUAGAAGAGGACGAACAAUUCGCAGGAGUCACACGCAGGGAUGAUUUUCCACUUUUCUACCUUCUGGUAGAUUAUGUUCAUCGAGAAGGUCGUGCAGGUGACUUUGCUCGAACGGGUCUGUUGUAUCUCAUCGAAACUGCAACGCGUUCGAGGAUACUUGAGAAAUGGUUGAUAGAAAGCGACCUGGCCACACUGAUGGCAACAGGUCUGGGAGCAGUGUACAGUCAGCUCAGCAGAAAUGUUUAUCCUACCUUUGUCGAGGGUAGCGUGCCGACCAUUGUAGCCCUCUCCGACGAGAACGACAUCCAACGGAAUUUUGACGGAGUAGUCCGUCCUGACGUGGAAUCUUUUAUUUCCUAUUUGCUCUUUUGGCAGGACACCGUCGAGCAUUGCCAAUCAAAAGAGGUCAAUGAUACGCUACUCGACCAUUUCGAAGUGCUCUUUCUACAACAGCUUCUCUAUCCAUCUCUGUUGGAGUCGUCCGAUGUGAAGGGUGGAUCAACUUCCACAGUCCUGAUGUAUCUGUGUCGGUUACUGGAAUCAAUCGAUCAGCCUAAACUUGUUCACCGUACUCUUCGCUUUUUGAUGGCCGCUCCUACCGAUACCGAACCUAGCGUGGAUGUCUCCCAAACCCUACACAAGAAGCAUCUGUCUGUCAGCCGGCGCAAGUCACUAGAUAUGCUUGCUACCCUGGCAGAAGCCGAGGAACAACAGCCAUCGCCAUCACUAUUCAAUCUUGCUGACUUGAUACUCUUGAGCAUUAAAUCACAAAAUAAAGAGACCAUCGUGGCGACCUUGCGCCUGUUGACGGUUAUAGUACGGAGACAUCAUCCUUUUGCAGCAUCUUUGAUCAGAACGAAGGAGCCAAUGUCUGCGCCACAGCGCACCGUUGGUGCUCUCAAUGAAGAGCUCCGUAGAUACUUAUCUUUCGCCACAACUAUUAUCGAUGACCCAUCAUUAAACGACUCGUUUGAGCAUUAUUCCAAAGAUGCCGCGCUUGUCCUCGAAUCUCGUCUUUUCAUACCAUCCCCAAGGAGCAGCAUCCUUGACGGGCCGGCCGAUCAGCCACUUGACCUUUCUUUGGAUGAUGUAAUCUUCAAGGAGAUCUUAACAUUAUUGGAUCGGUUCUUUUCAAACAGUGUCACGGUGAAUCUCGGAUUGACCGAGCUCAUCACGAGUCUUGCUUCUUCUAACUUGAUCUCACUCAAUGGGUGGCUUUUGGUCGACCCUGCAAACUACGACUACGAAUCGGAUCUGUCGCCUACAGGGAUGAAGACCUCGACUGUCACGGAAGACAACGAUUCAGAUGUCAAUGAUGAGAACAUCGAAACUGACCCUUUAGCAGCAAUUAGGAAGAGUCUGGCGCCAGCAACCUGGUCAGAUGGGCAUGAAGCACUCAUCGCAAAGUCUUUACGGAAGCUGACGGAACAUCUCGAAAAUUGGAGGAGGGAUAUUCCGGACUUUGAUAUUCUAGUCGCCGCUCGGCGUGACCUCUUACACAGCGAGGAUGAUGACGACGUCUCAAGAAAUCAACGCUCAAUCAAUACAUCUCGCCAACCCUCACAACCUCCAACUACACACUCCAUUGAGCCUCCUCUUUCUCCACGUGGCAGGUCUAUCAGUAAUAGCGUCAAUCAAGACGGGCCACUUUCGAGCACUCCAGGCUCGUUACCACACAGUACGAUUGGCUCUCCUUUGCGUGAGCCAUCCAUCCAACCGCCUGUAUCGUCGUCUCCGGCUCACCGUCCCGUUGCGGUUGAGGACCUUCGACAACGACUUGCCAGCUCAUAUCGGAUCGAUAAGGCGGCUGAACAGCCAACCUCUACUCCUCAAGAAAACAAGUUCACCAAUGAAAAUCGGACAGAUGGUCCGGUCGAUGGGAGUGAGCAGCCGAAUCAGGAGCAAUCGCCAGCCCAGAAUGAAACCGUGGUUACCCUUGGACAUAUCCUUACCAAUGCUGUAAUCUUAUACGAGUUCAUACUGGAAUUGGCCGCUAUGGUGCAAGUUAGGGCUACGUUAUUUGAGGAGGCGGGUUAUGCAUGA